UGCGUCUUAAUUUAACCUGGAGGCUGGCCCGGGGCUGGGGUGGAGGAGUUAUGUGGGACAGCUGGCGGCCAGGCUGGGCGGGGCCUGUCUAGUGGGGCCGCGGCCUGGGGCACGAAGUGUGGCUGUCCCUGCCCCGUCUCCCUGCCCGGCCACCAGCCACGCGGCCCCCAGGAUGAUGGCCGAGGAGCUGGACCUGGAGGCCCAGAUCGUCAAGGACAUUCACUACAAGAAGAUCGACCUGGUCAACCGUGACCCCAGAAACAUCAACGAGGACAUCGUGAAGGUAGGCUGGCCACUGGGAAACCCCCAGCAGAGCCCAGACCUCCCCUCAAACUCCUCCAGACAAAGCCCUCAGGCUGGGCCCUCCUCCCACUCUGGAGACAGGCAGGUGACAAAGGAAAGGGCCUCCCAGCCACUGGGGAAGCCUUCCACCAGUUUUGGCCCCAGGCCUGAGAUCGAGGCCCCUCCGUGUGCCUCCAUGCCAGCGGGCAAUACAGGGCGGCUCCCCAGUCCUGCCUAGUGUCCCUGCCGGGGG